AUGGCUGCACACCCGCACCUGAGACGCGAGCUCCGCCCACGAACGUCGCGUCUCCCACCGCCAAGGCCGCCGCCCUACAUCCAGACACCCCCAAGACCAGCCAAAGUCACCGGCUUCGGCCCAAAGGACGCACCCGACCGCCAAACCGCAGCAUACGUCCCGCCUCGAACAACGUCGGAGCUACAUCGGCCCGCACUCGGCCGGGGAAAGGGGGAGGAGGGGGAGCGGACGCAUCCGGACCGGCACACCCCCGUGCCGGUGACGGGUGGCCCGACCUCUCGUCGGCGCCUCCCAUCCCUCCAGCCUACCUCCCCACCGGACACCCCCUGUGUCGCCUCACCUCGGCAGCCGGCGCAGCUCCACGCGAGGCCACCAACACACACCCGUCCGCCGGCAAGGAAAACCCCAAGGUCCGCUGCCGACCACCAAGAAAGCUCACCGGGGAGCCCAUCCGCACUGCCCGCCGCCGCCCAACCACCGGAGCACCUGGAGCCGGCGAGCCCGCCCACCGACCUGCCGCUGCUACGACGCUGCAGCCCGUGCCGCCCUCGGCCCUCGGCCCGCGUCGCCCGACCCCUGAUCCAGCCGUGCCCGUCAGAUCUGGCCGCGCCGUCGCCGAUCUCGGAGAGCCGAGCACGCACCAACACCUGGCCGCCCGCCGAGGGGGAGCAGAGGCACCGGAGCUCCGCCUCUGCCCGCUGCACCGCCGUGUCGCCCGGCACAGCUCCACGCUCCGACCCGAGGCGCCGGCCCGCGCCAGCACCGCCCGAGCAGGAGGACGACAAGGCCCCGCUGUGA